AGGGGCCUCAGUAAGAGUGUAAAGGAGUCCUGAGAUCAAAAAGUUUGAGUGCCGCUGAUCUAACACCCUUCUCCCCAUCUCCUUUUACAAACGAGGAAACUGAGGCACGAAGAAUCAUAAGAUCGUAGUUGCGGCGCUGGAGGGGACCUAGAAGCCCUCCAGUCCAAAGCCCUUCUUUUUGCAGAUGAAGCCCAGCCUUCUAGCCUAUCAAGAUGCAAGAUGAUCAGGGAGAGAGUGUGAGAGUACCAAAUUCCGCUUGAUGAGUUUAAGCCCAAGUGGACUCUAUCUGGAAUCUUCAGAACAUGGUCUGUGCUCUUCAAAUGAGAGUUUUAAACAGGAAAAGGUGCCACAGGAUCAAAUAAAGUAAAUGUCUCCAUUUUCAACAGAGGGAACAGAGUGGAUUCUACAAACUACAGACCAAAUUUUUUUAAAAACUGGUAUUCAUGAGUUGUGAUUACACAAAAAAUACACAAUGUCAAGAAAGAACAAAAGAUCCACUGGAAAUGUUUCAUUCUGGGCACCUGAUAAAAGUAUGUGCUCCUAUGGUUCGAUAUUCAAAAUUGGCUUUCAGAACACUAGUGAGGAAAUACAACUGUGAUUUGUGUUAUACUCCAAUGAUAGUUGCUGCUGAUUUUGUCCGAUCUAUAAAAGCCAGAGAUAGUGAAUUCACCACGAACAAAGGUGAUUGUCCGCUGAUUGUUCAAUUUGCUGCUAACGAUGCACAACUUUUAUCUGAUGCUGCCCGAAUAGUCUGUCCUUAUGCGAAUGGAAUAGACAUUAACUGUGGUUGCCCUCAGAGGUGGGCCAUAACAGAAGGAUAUGGGGCAUGUUUAAUAAAUAAACCUGAACUUGUUCAAGAUAUGGUUAAACAAGUAAGAAGUCAAGUGGAAAACCCAAAGUUUUCGGUGUCCAUUAAAAUAAGGAUUCAUGAUGAUCUUACAAGAACUGUAGAUCUUUGUCGGAAAGCUGAAGCAACAGGGGUUUCCUGGAUUACAGUUCAUGGGAGAAAUAUUGAAGAAAGACACCAGCCAGUACACUAUGAUGCAAUUAAAAUAAUUAAAGAAAAUUUGUCUAUACCUGUAAUUGCUAAUGGAGAUGUUAAAAGUUUAGAGGAAGCAGAAAAUGUUCAGGAAAUAACUGGGACAAAUGGUAUAAUGGUUGCAAGAGGACUUUUAGCAAAUCCUGCCAUGUUUGCUGGAUAUAAAGAAACCCCCUUGAAAUGCAUCUGGGACUGGGUUGACAUUGCCCUUCAGCAUGGCACACCUUUUAUGUGCUUUCAUCAUCAUUUAAUGUACAUGAUGGAAAGAAUAACAUCAAAGCAAGAAAAAAGGGUGUUUAAUGCUCUGUCAAGUACAACUGCAGUGUUAGAUUACCUUACAGACCAUUAUAGCAUGCGUCCCCGCGCAGGGGCACCAGCAGCACCUGCAGCAGCACGGCCCGCACUCUCCGCGCCGCUCCGGGCCCCCAGGCAGAGGAGCGGAAGCGCAGACAUGACCCUCCAGUGGGCAGCGGUGGCAGGCUUUCUCUAUGCCGAAAUAGGACUCAUUCUAAUGCUCUGCCUUCCGUUUAUUCCUCCUCAGAGAUGGCAAAAGAUCUUCACGUUCCCACUCUGGGGUAAAAUCGCAACUUAUUGGAACAAAGCAUUCCUUACAAUUAUUGUCCUGUUGAUUGUUCUGUUUCUUGAUGCUGUGAGAGAAGUGAAGAAGUACUCUAUCAGUCAUGGGCUUGAAAAGAGUUCAAGCACCAAUCCCAGUGCUUACGAACAUGUGCAGAUGAAACUUUUUAGAGCACAAAGGAAUCUUUACAUUUCUGGAUUCUCUUUAUUUCUGUGGCUUGUAUUGCGACGUCUGGUUACUGUCAUUACUCAACUGGCCAAAGAGUUGGAAAUCAAAGGAGUGCUGAAUAUUCAAGCAGAAGGUAACAAUAAGGCUGCCAGAAAAUACAUGGAAGAGAAUGAAAGGCUAAAACAGGCAUUGGAGAAAACUGGCAAGGGAGAUGAACAACAGGUGACAGAGGCAGAAAAUAAAAAACUAGUGGAAAAUGUGGAAAAACUGAAAAGCGAGUUAAAGAAGACUUCAGAUGCUCUUUCUAAGGCCCACAAUGAAGUGACCACAAUGAAGAAACAAUCUGAGAGUCUUUCAAAGGAGUAUGACCGCCUUCUGAAAGAGCACACACAGCUUCAGGAAAUUUUAGCAAAGAGUGAAAAGAAAAAGGACCUCUAAAAGAAGAUUUGGAUAUGGCAAAUUGAUGCCAUCUGUAUUAAGGUGGUGAAUUGAUUUAACAAGUUUGAAAUGAAAUGAAAUUUUAAGAAACAGUGCACUGCUCAUCACUAGCCAAUCAUAGCUCUUGAAUGCCAUAUAAGUAUCCUGUGUUGCAAUGGCAAUGUCAAA